AUGAGCGAAAAUGAAUCCGCGUCAAGUGCCGCGACGGACGCCAAGGGACAAGAGAUCCAGGCGAGCGAGUUCCGCAACGUGAAACUACCCACGUUUUGGAAGCAGGAACCUCGCUUAUGGUUCAUUAUGCUAGAAAGAGAAUUUAUAGCAUAUAACGUGCGCGCCGACGCCGUCAAAAGUUCCGCGGUCGUCCGAAAUCUCGACCAGGACACGAUGAAAAUCGUAUUGGACGUAAUAGAAGCUCCGCCGGAAAAAAGUACGUACAACGACAUUAAACAGGCGUUAAUAGAACGGUUGUCAAAAUCGGACGAGGCAAACCUCCGCCGUUUGCUGUCCGGCCUAGAGCUGGGCGAUAGGAAGCCUUCAGAGCUCCUGAGGGAGAUGAAACAACUAGCAGGGGCAAGCGUAGGAGAGGAUGCUCUACGAACGCUGUGGAUGCAGCGGUUGCCAACCAGAGUGCAAGAAGUGCUUACUAUCAUUGACGACGCGGGCCUAGAACGUCUAACCAAAGUGGCGGACAAAACAAUGGAGCGUUCAGCGGUAGAAAUGGCGGCAAUUACCGAGCGUACCCACGCUAACAGGGAUGCAAUGGCGGACACGCGGGACGCAGGACCUACAUGGCAAGAUGGCGACCUGGCGGCCAUUACCAAGAGGCUGUCGCGUAUAGAGGCCCGACUCACCAAAAGGGACCGCAGUAGCAGCCGACACCGUUUCUACAGACAAAGGAGAAGCAACAGCCGCGACAACAAUGCAGAGAGGAAUGGACUCUGCUAUUAUCACCACAAGUUCGCGGAGGAGUCAUGGAAAUGCAGGAAGCCGUGCAAUUGGGUAGGACCCGACAAACGCCGGCAAGAAAAAAACUAG